AUGGUAAUGAGUGAUGUGAAGAAGGAAAACUCACGUAAGGAAGAAGAUCGAGUUGUGGAAAGUAGCGGAUUAUUCGAUAACUUUUUUGAAAGUAUGUAUGAGCAAAUGCAUAGGAUUGAUGAAUAUCAAAAGGACAUGAGUAGAAUGAUGAAUUCUUUAAGAGGUCAUUAUUUGAAUAAUGAUUUUUCGAAAUAUUUUCCUAGCAGGAGAUCACUUUUAGACUAUGAUUUUAGAAAUAAUAGAAGUACUGACCUAUUUUUAUCUAAACCAAAAUAUCUUUUUAGAGAAGGGCACAGGAGUAUACCACCCAUGGAUAUUAUAGAUAAAGAGAAAGAAAUUGAGAUAAAAAUGGAUGUUCCAGGUUUAAAUAAAGAUAAUGUGCAAAUAAACUUAUACAAUGGUCAAUUGGAAAUUAGCGGUGGUUGUAAGAAAACAGAAGAACAGAAGGACGAACAACACAGAUAUUAUGUAAAAGAGCGAUCAGAGUCAUCCUUUUAUAGAUCCUUUGCCUUACCAGAAAAUGUUUGUGAGGAUGAUAUUAAAGCUACAUUUAAAGAUGGCGUUUUAAAAAUUGAUAUUCCCAAAAAGGACGUUAUUCCGGAAAAAAAAAAAAAAAUUGAAAUUGAAUGA